GCGCGUGUGUGCAUUGAGUGUGCGUGUGUCGCGCGCUUUUCUUGGAGCCUGUGUGUUCCUCUCGGAGGGCGUGUCCUAGGGUGACCGCAGCAGUAAAUGCGGAACGAGGACCUGAGCUAGGGAAGCCACCCAGCCCCGGUCACACGGAGACUGGAAAUUCUCGCCUAAACCGCCCCUUUGCCACCAGCCUGGACUGCCUAGUUUCUGCUGUCCCUGGAGUUUCCCAGGGCCCUAACCAUGUGACGCCAGUGGUCCCCCGCCCAGAGCUGGCGCCUGCAGCAACAGGGUGGGGCGGAGGUACCAGUGUUCCCACCCGGCUGAUCUGGGGGUGAGGUCUCCAGCCCAGAGUGUACCUGCUGCAGGCAUGUCUGUGGAUCCCUUGGCCAGCAAAGCCCUGAAGGUCAAGCGCGAGCUGAGCGAGAACACGCCGCACCUGUCGGACGAAGCGCUAAUGGGGCUGUCGGUGCGCGAGCUGAACCGGAACCUGCGCGGGCUCUCGGCCGAGGAGGUGACCCGGCUCAAGCAGCGGCGCCGCACGCUUAAGAACCGCGGCUACGCCGCCAGCUGCCGCGUGAAGCGCGUAUGCCAGAAGGAGGAGCUGCAGAAGCAGAAGUCAGAGCUGGAGCGCGAGGUGGACAAGCUGGCGCGCGAAAACGCAGCCAUGCGCCUGGAGCUCGACGCGCUGCGUGGCAAGUGCGAGGCGCUGCAGGGCUUCGCGCGGUCGGUAGCCGCGACCCGAGGGCCCGCCGCCCUUGUGGCGCCCGCCAGCGUGAUCACCAUUGUCAAGUCCGCGCCAGGCCCCGGGCCUGGUCCCGCCCCCGGCCCCGCCCCCAGCUCAAGCCCGGGCCGGGCCAGCAGCACUUAGUGCAGGCUGCGCCCCGCCCACAUCCCCAUCGUAGCCACGCCUCCCCGGCCCCUCCCUUCCUAAAGUGCCUCAGCCCAUCUCUGUUCCCAGGUCUACUUUCCCUGCCGUCCUUUGUGGAGAACACAUUCCCUUCCUGGGCUCCGACUUUCUCUUGCAGUCCCUCAAACUGGGCCCUGGGGAGGGGCACCUUUGCUAGGUUGGCAAGCAUCUGGGGCCAGGGCUUCUGUGGCUUGAAAGCCUUCUUAGACGCGGAGGGACUAGAGGUUGGAGCCAGGUCUGGGAGAGGAAGCCAUGCCCUGGAGAGUUGGGGAAACUGUUGGAAGAGGCCAACAUGCCCUCCCACCCCCCCACCCCCAUCCCGAACUCAGUGGAGCGUUGGCACCGUGGGUGACGGGGCUGUCCUGCUGGGCAGGUGCACUGAGGAGACCUUGCUUUGGGCCUGAUGGUGCCCGGCUUUCCAAAGCCCCAGGGGUCCCAGCUAGUGAGGCCCAGCUAGAUGGGGACCGCCCCCCCCCAAGCAGAUGGGAAAAUAUUCAAAGCCACCUAUCCCUUAAUGACCCAGCUGAAACCAAAACAGACUUUUUCACUGCUACUCCAGGGUUCCAACCAAAGUUUUUUUUGGGGGGGGAGGAGGGGGACGAGACAGGGACUGAUGAAGGUGUGAGAGGCCUCAGAGCCAGUGUAGCACAGCUGUCUGAUGGGUGGGGAAGAGAAGCAGAGGGAGAGAGAAGGUGACACAUGGCAGAGUGGAAAGGGGCUGGUGAGCCAGAGGAAGGGGACAGUGGAGGUGACCACUGGGAGGUGGAGAAGUGAGGAGACAGAUCCUGCAGUCCCGCAGCAUAAAGUGUAGAGAGCCCUGCGAAGUAAGGGUCCCACCAUGCCCUUGUGUCCCCUGUGGGGUGAGGGUGGCACUGCCACUGCUGUGGGGAAGCCCAGUCUGACCCCACCCUAGUCCUGUGUACACCCCCCCCAAUUAAUUAAUGCAAAAAACCUAAGUUAUUCUCCCCAGCCAGAGCCCAAAUCCUGCUCCCUGGGAAAAGAGGCAUGUGGCCCUGAGCUGGGCUUUAUAUUUUAUAUCUGCAAAUAAAUCACAUUUUAUCUUAUAUUUAGGGAAUGCCAGGUGGCAACAACUUUUUUUAGGAAACUGCCCGGCCUCCAGAAUUUAUUUAUUUUCCAACUUACAGUGAGCGACUUAUCCGCCUUCUGUAUUUUGUAGACUUUCUGAAUAAAGUCACAUUCUGUUUUCCGCAGA